AUGACGCAACGAGGAGCUCUAGGAAAUGCGGCAGACGCCGGCGUCGCGACUGCGGAGGCGGGGAAGAGUGUUGUCGCGCCCCGUGACUCUCCGGAAGGAACUGUUGGACCUCGCGACGCCGGGGCGGCUGAAAUUCUCCAGACGUCUCUCGACGUCAGCGUCGUUUCCGAUUCUUUUCAUGGGCAAAAGGUCGCACUGGUUCGCUCUGCCGGAACCGGAUGUCUCGCAGCGGUCCUCUCAUCUGCACUGUUUGUGCUCUGGAAACGCCAACCUCCUUCUUGCGGCUGGGGAUGGCACGCUGCUGCUGGAGGCGGCGGCGCGGCGUUCGGGUGGUGGUACUCGCGCUGGAAACAGCGCGUUCAGGAGCAAGGGCUGGCGCGGCUGCGGAAGGUCGCCGGCAGCGGCACAGCGUUCAUGGCCUUGGACAGUCUCGCCCCUCCACUUCCGCCUGACGCUUUCACUGAAGCUGGCGAACGGGCUGCGGAUGAGUUACUGAAGCAAAACCGUUCCCGCAGGGGCUCAAGUGGUCAAAAACUCGAGCUAGCAUACUUUCUCGUGAACCAGCGGUUGGAAUGCAGAAACGCAUUUGAGGGGUACCAGUUUGGCAACAGAAAAUAG